AUGUGGCUCAGAAACAUCACCGCUCAGAAGGCCUUCGCUUUGGCUUCAGUGUUUCUGGCGUCCGGGGUCUCCGCGGCUGCUAUCCCCCAAAACCUAGUUGAUCCGGUGUCCGUUGCUAUAGCCGAUAUUCCGACAACGACGCAGAUCUCUAAAACAACUGAAGCGAAUGGAAAACCAACCUCUGUCCCCGUUGCGGAUGUUCCAAACUGCCGGUUCUGCCGCGAGGAUGAUGAGGAUGAAGAGACUACCGAUGAAUUGGCCCUGCCAGGAAUCGAUGGCUCCGAGUCGCUUGAAUCGAUCCCUGUCAUCACAAUCUCAUCCAGCGGAGAUUCGAGUGAUACUCCAUCGAAGACUACACGCCAGCCCGCAACUCAGGUGAAACGUGCUACGGCCACCAAGACGGACGACAAAUAUAAAAAGCUGCAUAGCGCCCUGGGGAAAACACCCGAGGUUGGCAAGGGCUAUGCCAUCAAAAUAAGUAUGUCCCGACUAUCCACUGUUCUUAGCAUCUCUGGGAGUGAACGGAAUGAGGUAUCCGGCAAGUCCUACCCCGAUCAUUACCUGAUCGCUGUAGGUUAUGUCACGGAGAGAACAGAAGGAAACACCGUCAUUCUCAAAUUUGACUCGGGAUGCUACGACAUCCAACUUGAUGACAAAACCAUCGAGUUUACAGAUCGUAGUGACGCCACUUGGUAUAGUUGGACGAAAGCCUCAUACGAGGUGCUUGGCAAGAUUAAGUCGGGCUUAACAUACGAGGACAUCGAAAGGGAUGGCAAAGCGAUUGCAACAGAGAUGAACAAGAAGGGAUAUAAUCUGCUGACGAACAAUUGUCGGGAUUUUGUCAUGAAGUUGUACAAAAAGAUCAAGGCCUAA